AGCAGCUGUGCUCAUUGUUGCUUGCAUCCUUCUUUCUGAUGGAUCUGAUCCCUGCUUGUGAUCGGACAAUGUCAUCUUCAUGUCUGGUGGCAGAGCUAGUCUCAAUAGCCCCAAAUACCACUGUAGGACUCCCAUCCGGCAUCCCCAUGGCAACAAGGUCCCUCAUCCUGCUCGUCUGUCUCCUGUUAAUGGUCUGGAGUCACAGUGAGAAGAAAACCAUCCCUGGACCUUCUUUCUGUUUGGGUUUGGGCCCGCUUAUGUCCUAUUUGAGAUUCAUCUGGACUGGUAUUGGCACAGCCAGCAACUAUUAUAACAACAAAUAUGGAGACAUUGUUCGAGUGUGGAUCAACGGAGAGGAGACCCUGAUCCUCAGCAGGGCAUCAGCAGUGCAUCACGUUCUCAAGAACAGAAAAUACACCUCGCGUUUUGGAAGCAAACAAGGACUCAGCUGCAUCGGCAUGAACGAGAAGGGAAUCAUAUUUAACAACAAUGUGGCUUUAUGGAAAAAGAUUCGUACCUAUUUCACCAAAGCUUUGACUGGGCCAAACCUGCAGCAAACAGUGGAAGUUUGCGUCACCUCCACACAGACUCACCUGGACAACCUGAGCAGUUUGUCUUACGUGGACGUCCUUGGCUUUUUGCGCUGCACAGUGGUUGACAUCUCCAACAGGCUCUUCCUGGGUGUUCCUGUUGACGAGAAAGAGCUGCUGCAGAAGAUCCACAAGUAUUUUGACACGUGGCAGACUGUGCUGAUCAAACCUGACAUCUACUUCAAGUUCAGCUGGAUUCAUCAGAGGCACAAGACAGCAGCCCAGGAGCUCCAAGAUGCAAUAGAAAGCCUCGUCGAGCGAAAGAGGAAGGAAAUGGAGCAAGCAGAGAAGCUGGACAACAUCAACUUUACUGCAGAGCUUAUUUUUGCCCAAGGCCACGGUGAGCUGUCUGCUGAGAACGUGAGGCAGUGCGUGCUGGAGAUGGUGAUCGCAGCUCCUGACACUCUGUCCAUCAGCCUCUUUUUCAUGCUCCUGCUGCUCAAACAAAACCCACAUGUUGAGCUCCAACUGCUGCAGGAGAUAGACACCAUUGUUGGGGACAGCCAACUGCAGAAUCAAGAUCUUCAAAAGUUGCAGGUGCUGGAAAGCUUCAUCAACGAAUGCCUGCGCUUCCACCCAGUGGUGGACUUCACCAUGCGUAGAGCCCUUUUCGAUGACAUCAUAGACGGGCACAGGGUGCAGAAGGGCACCAACAUUAUCUUGAAUACGGGCCGCAUGCACCGCACAGAGUUCUUCCACAAAGCAAAUGAAUUUAGUCUGGAAAACUUCCAAAAAAAUACUCCUCGUCGUUAUUUCCAGCCGUUCGGUUCAGGCCCUCGAGCCUGUGUUGGCAGACACAUCGCCAUGGUGAUGAUGAAAUCCAUCCUGGUGACUUUGCUCUCUCAGUACUCUGUCUGCCCCCAUGAGGGUUUGACCUUAGACUGCCUCCCACAGACCAACAACCUCUCCCAGCAGCCUGUCGAGCAUCACCAGGAGGCUGACCAUCUCAGCAUGACGUUCUUACCCAGACAGAGGGGAAUCUGGGAAAGUCCCUCACCCUUUUAGUUGUUCCGUGACUUUGCGAUUGUUUAUAUUCAUAUUACAAAUGUAUAAAUAUAUUAAUGCAUAUCCAUUUACAUAUAGAUAUAUACAUAUUCCAUACAUAUAAAUGUAAGACCACCAGUGCUUCAUGUAUAUUUUAUAACUGCACAAUUUAAAGAUCUUUUGAACUGUUAUUCAUCAAAUGUUUUGCAUUAUGUGAAAUGUUUUUUUCUUUUUUACUUACUUUACACAUAAAUUAUUAUAC